UUGAGUGGCAUCAUUGUGUGAUGUGCUGGCCAUGGCAGUGCGUGGCGAGUCUGGGUGGCAAGCCACCCAUGUGAAAACCUUUGGCAAGGAGCGCUGGGUACAGCUGCGUUCUGCAUUGCGGCGACCGGUGCAGCAUGUCGUGUUGUUGAACCCGUUCAUGCCAGCUCCAAGCAGAGAGGAGAUCUUCAGAUUGCGCGGCCUACAGCCACAUGAGCGUAUUCCGCUAGUGUUCGUAGCUGCAGAUGAGACGGCCUGCGGCGAUGGUGAUGAGGAGGGCGAUCGAUUCGCGCAGGCCAGCACUUCAGAAUGGUUGCCUUGCUACUUUCUGGAUGGGGCAUCUGCCAUUGCCGCAGCGGUCAUGGACGUGGCGCCCGGGGCAAGUGUUCUUGAUCUUUGUGCUGCCCCCGGGGGAAAAUCACUGAUGCUUGCAUCGCUGCUUCUGGGCACAUGCGAUGUAUCUGGACAUUUGGUGUGCAAUGAGAUGUCACGCCCACGAUUGCAACGACUGCAGAAAGUGAUGUCUUCUUUUUUGCCACCAGAUUUUCUGGCUGCAGGUGAGAAGGGGCAUGUGAGCAUUACAAAUGCGGAUGCGGCUGGAUCUGUCCCAGUUCCCUUGCAACGGCUUGCGCCAUUCGACUACGUGCUGGUAGACGCUCCGUGCACUUCUGAUCGGCACCUGGUGCACCAGGGCGGCUUGCCGCAUUGGUCUGCCGGUGCCGUGAAAGCCAACGCCCAGCGGCAGCUGGAGCUGCUGCGGAGCGCCGCGUCGCUGGUGAAGGUCGGGGGGGUGGUGCUGUACGCCACCUGCGCCCUUGCGGAGGCCGAGAACGAUGGUGUCGUGGGCAAAUUCCUCAAGAAGUUUGGAGAGGGCUUCGCUCCAGAGAAGAUCGCGGAGAAACAUCUAUCUCUAAUGGAAGGCGCUGACGACACGGCCUUCGGCGUGCUCAUUCUUCCGGAUCGGACGCCGUAUGGGCCAAUGUACAUAGCUCUGUUGCGCAGGAGCAAGCCCUGACAAAAUCACGCUGCCGCAUCUGGA